AGGAUUUUGCAAAACAUUCGGUUAUUUUUGACAUGUAAUAUUUUUGUAAUGCCAUUUUUACUAUGAACGUUGCCAUGUACAGGGAUCCCAGUUCAAUACACUCUGAGUGAGAUGAUAGGCAUGUGAAUUCAACAUGGGAUGUUCAACCUAGUUAUGUCCAGCGCUUUAACCAGUGAUUUCAUUUUAUAUUUGUUCAUUUUUAAAUCCAUGCCUGUACGAUGUGUAUGUUAUGUAGGUUUACAUAAACUUCUGAAACCAACUUGAUUGCUCUUUAGAUAAAUUGACAUAGUGACAGUAUGAUGACAGUCAUAGCCACGAUGCUUUGUUUAACUAGCAUAUUUAUACGCUAUUCAAAUAUUCCCAUCUACCUAUUACUACUUCUCAAUAAAGUAUCGAAAUAAUUUUACACAACCCAAAUUGAUGAUAUUGUGGAAAGAAAAUCAGUCUGAUUAUAAGUUUUCAUACAUUUGCUAUUUUAUCAAUUUAUCUCAAUUUUCUACCAUCAUCAAUUUAUGAGCUUGAUAACCUUAUUUGCAGAAAUAUUGUUUGUUCACUAUAAUAAGAUGCCAACUUGUGCUGUCUGCGAUAAGCUUGACAAUUUGAAGUCCUGUAGUCGAUGUGGAAGUGUAGAAUAUUGUGGGCGUGAACACCAAACACAACAUUGGAAAGUGCAUAAAAAAGAUUGUAAAAAACAAUCGACCAAGACAGACAGCACUGAAAAUUCUGGAGAACAAAAUGAGAAUUCCACAAUAGAUGAAGUCGCACAAAAGAUCAAAUCAAUGAAUUUAGAAACAGAAGGUCGUGUGGCACAGAAUUCUAUUCCUCUUAACCCAUAUGAUAGUUACACAAAAAGGGAUGAAGGAAUUGUUGCUCGAUGUCAUAAAAACUUAGUUCAGAGGGGAAUAUGCGUCAUCGAUACGUUUGUGGAUGAAAAUAGAGCGGAUUUGUGUCUGGCUGAUGCAAUGUCUUUAUAUUCGCAACCCGAUAAAUUUAAACCGGGUGAAGUAAUCAAGCAAGCGGGAAAAGAUAAAAUACGCGGAGAUGAAAUUAUUUGGCUUUCUGGAUCGGAACCAAAUUCACAGAAUAUUAAUUAUAUCUGUAGGAAAAUGGACAAGAUUAUAAGCAAAUGUCAUCCGUUGGUUGGAAAUAAUGAUACAGUUUCACACAGAACAAAAGCUAUGCUUGCAUGCUAUCCUGGAAAUGGAACGGCUUACAAAUGCCAUAUUGACAAUCCAUCAGGAGAUGGACGCUGGAUUACAGCUAUUUAUUAUAUGAAUAAAGGAUGGGAUAGUAAGACAAUGGGAGGUAACUUACAUAUACAUGCAACAGGAAACAGGCCCCAGGCAAUUGUUGAACCCAAGUUUAAUCGUCUUCUUCUAUUUUUCUCUGAUAGCCGCAACCCACAUGAGGUUCGACCUGCUUAUGCUAGGAGGUUUGCCGUCACAAUAUGGUAUUUCAAGGAAGAGGAACGACGAAAAGCAUUGGAAAAAUGGCAGAAAAAGAAGCAGCUAUAGAGAAGUCCAUGUAAUGGCAUAGACUCAAAUUUAUAAAUAUUAUCCGCAGCUGAGAAUUUCAUAAAGAAAUAUACAGAUCAUCGGCUCAUCUUCAUGAGAGUAUAAUUUUUCAUGUGAUGCAUAUUAAUCAGCGUAUUUCACUCUGCCCAAGGCCUUGUACAAGCAGCCACUGAUAUCUCACAAUUUGUAUUAAGCUUACAUUUCCCACCAUGGGAUUUGAAAUAGAGAUGUGGAAUUAUCUUAUAAUAUAAUUGCCUUGUAGAGUCACACACUUGUCAUCAAAAAGAUAACAUGAUUUGUGCAGCUUCAUACAGAAGCAAGUAGCAAAUUUGAAAGAUAAUCUGCAAAGUCGUCUAUUCACUCAUAGUGUAAUCAUAACCGUAUCUCUGAUGUUGUUUCAUAUAAGACAGCCUGCACGAUAUUUUGUGUAGGUCUUGGCAGACUUCAACGACUCUAUAAAUAGCGGGAAAAUCUGUUUUAAACUGUUUAGAUUAGUCAGUGACUUGAUUAUUUUAAAACCUUCAAAAAAGGUUUGUGCGACCUGAUGGCAUCCUAUCACAUAGUAUAUCAUUCAUGUCACUGCAGUUAUAUAUCAUUGGUUUCAGACUUCUGAAUAUUUCUCGUGGAAGUAGUAUGUUCCUGAUUUUCACUGGUUCCCAAAAAUUGCACACCUUGUGGCGAUUUGGCUUUCGCAUUACUUGUUGAGACGAUCGUACUGCUGCAGUAUUCUACUGUGACAGAUUGCAUAACCAUAAUGCUUCAUUUUGGCCUUCGUGUCCAUAUAAUUGUGCAUCACUCUCUUGUUUUGAGUUAUGAUGAAAGCUCAUUAUAAAUAGAUAACUGGGCGUGUGUUGAAUUUUGUGAAAACUAUUAAUUCAAAAUAAUUUAUGCUUUGCUAUGAAUAUCUGAUAUGUUUAAGUGGAGAUUUUAAUAUGUUUAUCGAAAGUUUUGUAUAUAACUGAUCUCAUCCUCAAUUUUAUUUUGUGUUUAUCAUUGAAAAAUUUAUAGGCAUAAUCAUCAAAUUACUUUGUGGAUUGACUUGGGGCGAAGGAAAUAAAUUUCUGGGAUUUAGGUGGUUUAUCUGCACGCUUCUUGUUUGAUUUGGAAAUAAGCCAAUUUUCAGUAACAUAACCGUGUUAGUGAACUUCUGGGAAUCCUACAUUUAAAAAUUGUUUUAGUUCUUGUUAAAUUUAGUCUUUUCUAAUUAUCAGUGAUAAAAUUCAGUUUAACUAAUGUUUACGGUUUUGAGCCAUGGUGUGUUAAUUAAAUAUAGUACAGGGAAUAUUGUAACAAAUCAUUUUUCAUCAAGUCCGUAUGUUGGAUUUUCUUGUGUAAAUAAUUCCUAUUUUUUGUUUUCAAGGAUAAAAUAACUUUGAGAGCCUCCUUUACUCCCAGUGUUCACACAAGACGUCAUUUUACUGCCUGAGGCAAUUCACCUCCAUUGGAUACCACAUUAUUUAUACACUUCGUGGGCUUGUUUGCAAUGACUGUAGCUACCUGCGGUGAAAUUUGUGAUUGUUCUUGAAGUUGAUUUCCUUUUUGUAAUGUGCGCUUUGAAUAAAUUUCUUGUUAUCUCAUUUUUAAUCAUUCAAUCAAUACUUAUUCAUAAUUCACUUAUUUGCUUGUAAAAUAAAUUUUACAUAGUGUUGGUUGGUUGUAUCAUGUUGUGAAUAAAUUUUAACAUGUACCCAUGAA